AUGGCGCCCUAUCACCUCGACCUCGCGCACAUCUUUGGCCGCGGCCCGCACGGCAACGCCUCGACGGCGGCAACGGCUGCAGCGGCGGCCGCCGUUGGCGCCAUCGCUUGCCUCUUUGUCUCGUCGGUGGCCAGGGGUGGCAUCGACCAUGCCAUCCGACCCGCGCUGCUCCUCUCGCCGCCGCGCAGCAACGACGGACCCUACCCGACCGACCUCUAUCCUGGCGCAAAAGACCUCGAGACGCCCCUCGGUCGCAUUCGGUACUACGACAUUGGCCCGCGGGAUGGCAAGAAGCUGCUGCUGGUGCACGGCAUCUCUACGCCGACGCCAUGCUGGUCCAAGCUGAUCCCCAAGCUCGUCGAGCAGGGCUACCGGGUCCUCUGCUUUGACCUGCUGGGCCGCGGCUACUCGGACGCGCCCCUGGUUCCGCAGGACGUGUCGCUGUUUGUCUCGCAGAUCCUCUUUGUUCUCGGCGACGUGCCCGACUUUGAUCGGUUCGACCUGGCGGGCAUGUCGUUGGGCGGCGCCAUCGUGUCGCAAUUUGCCCACUACUUCCCCGGGCGGGUGCGACGGCUGGUGCUCAUCUGCCCCGCCGGAGGUACGCCGAGGAAGCACCUGGGCCUGGCUCGGCGGAUGGCCUUUUCGCGGCUGAUGCCCGUGUCGGUGGUGCGACUGCUGCUGGGCGCGGUCAACAUCCUGCCCAAGCCGCCCAAAGGCAGCGUGGUGCACUGGCAGUCGGAGAACCACGCGGGAUACCAGUACAGCUUCAUCUCGAGCCUGCAGUGCUCUCCCGUGUUUGACAGCGGCGAGGUGCACGAAAAGGUCGUCCAGUCGUUUGGCAAGCGGUGCGUGGCCAUCUGGGGCGACGCCGACGAUAUCGUGCCCCUGGCCACCAAGCGCUACUUUGGACCUGGGCUCGAGGUCAAGGUGAUCCCGCAGGGCAAUCACUGGAUCGUCCUGACGCACCCGGACCUGGUGGCGCAGCACAUGCUCGAGUUCCUCGCGUAG